AUAACCUUUGGAUUCGUGUGACUGAAUAAGUAUUAGCGGUCAAAGAAGAGAAGUUUUAGUAUGCUCGGAGAUCGUUGGUGCGUCUGUGUGAGUGGAGCAGUCGUUAGAUCCCUCCGCUCAGCAGCCGUGCUCGCGCCCUUCCCCAGACUCAGGGAGGGCAGGAGGCUUCCGGGGACGAGUGAAUUAUAUUACUAUCUUUAUAUCUUGUGUUGUCUGGAAAUGUAUCAAUUCAGUUUCUUGAGUAUUCCAUCAAAUCUUUUAGGCCAGUGGUUCUCAACCUUUUUUCCCCAAUGCAUCCUUUUCACCGCAUGUCAGAUUGUCAUUCCCCCAUCUCAAGACUGAAGAGGGAGAAGGGUUGCGUCAGUCGAAUAUGCCCAGUCCUUGGCUCACUCUGGCUACCCUGGAGUGUUGCUGACUAUUUAUGUUCAGGUCAACGAGAGAGCGACGUUGGAUGCCUUUCAAAGCCCUACGAGAGCUGUCUUUCUUUGCAAGGGAUGCUCUCCCUGCCUGUUCACGUCUGCUGGGUGUUGUGACGGUGUUCGUUUCGGCAGCAACCGUUUGGACCUACCACGCUGUUAUUUCCAUCUACCUCUGUGUUGUGCGAAUGUUGCGAGAGUGGAAAGAGGCGAGAUGGAACAGCACUACCACAAUGCUGCCAUCCUGCCGGUCAGCCUCGAGAAGCUCCUCUACAUACUCCACCUUGUGAGGUGCGGGGUGGGGUUCCUGCUCUUCUGCUUCGGCAUUGGAGCUGUCAUUUACUACGAAGCCUUUGUCUCCUUCUACGUGUUGGUGCAGGGCAUCAUCGCCAUCCUCUCUGGGAUCACUGGUGUCUUGGCCACCAAGUUUAAGAUACUGGCGGGCCAUGGCGGCUGUGUGGGCACAUCCGCCGUCACACUCUACUUGGGGAUCUUCAGCUACACUACGUCCUUCAGCGUGACUGCAGCAAUGCCCUCCCAAGGCACGAUAGUCGCCCUGCUGAUGUGUGUUUUGAUCAUCAUCGCCAUCGACGUUCUCCUCAGCGCCCUGGUUCUCGGCUUCGAGGCAAUCGUGCUCUACAUCAGUACUAAGAGACCCGCCUGAACCGGACGUCGGAGUUCCGCUCAGGUAACUGAAUGUGCUCAUCACCUGCUGUCACGGCUACGAGGGGGCUGCCACUGUUACCUGGCGCAGAUAACAAAACACUACGUCGUUCUCUAAUUCCAUAACUCCCACCAUAAUUCAUAGUGUUUGUGAGUCGCCCGCGUGUGCCCCGUGUAGCGCUGUGUGAUUGUGAGUUCGUCCGCCACACACAUACUUGUUUCAUGUAACAAUACCGCAUCAUAUUAUUAAGUGAAUAAAUAAAUAAAUAAAAGUUCUUAUUGAUUAGAAAAUACGGUCCUUAGAAAAUUUAUGUUCGUGUUACUAAACAAGGAAGCCAGAGUAAAUUUUAGGAAUAUAUCAAUUUUCUUACAUGCGAAACUCUCUCUCUCUCUCUCUCUCUCUCUCUCUCUCUCUCUCUCUCUCUCUCUCUCUCUCUCUCUCUCUCUCUCUCUCUCUCUCUCUCUCUCUCUCUCUCUCUCUCUCUCUCUCUCUCUCUCUCUCUCUCUCUCUCUCUCUCUCUCUCUCUCUCUCUCUCUCUCUCUCUCUUGCAUAGAAAUAUGUGCUUUGGGGGCGAUGAAGCAGAUUUGUGUGCAGUAUUCAUGGAGGUCGUGUGCGUGUGCGUGUGUGUGUGUGUGUGUGUGUGUGUGUGUGUGUGUGUGUGUGCGUGCGUGCGUGCGUGCGUGUGUGUGUGUGUGUGUGUGUGUGUGUGUGUGUGUGUGUGUGUGUGUGUGUUUAACAAAUCGCCAAUCACUGUUGUAAGCAAGCGUCAGACUUUCUUUCCAUUUAUAUCUGUCUUAUCAGUUUAUCUUUUGCUACAACGCAAUAAUCUUAUGAGAACAGAUUUGACCACACACACUGUUCCCCUACGAACACUGACAACCCCUGCUGAAGAGAAUAAUAAAACUUAAUCGUCUCUAGUUUCAUCAUCCAUGAUUCAUAAAGUCAACGAAUGAAUCUUGAAUACCUGCACCGCCUCACGUAGCCCCACGUAAGGCUGUCUUGUGAAUGUGCGGGGAGGGUACAGGAGUUAUGAGGAGGGGCACGGGCGGCUAAGAGGAUGACUGAGGCAAGCGAACAGUUAAGACACUUUACAGGCACCACAGAACACAAAGACGCGACGCACACAAUUUAUAUGUUUUUAACUUCACUGACUUUGCUGGUGGAUUGGGGACGCACCUAACUUGUGCUACACAGUGAGAGAACCAUCACUUGUUUUUCUGCACGUAAAUCCCGGCAAGCAGAGGAAAUUGUGAAGAAAAGUGUGCCAGACAGCUAUCAGUGACUGUUUACUUAAUCUAUCAAGGCUAAAAACUGAUUAUUCCGAGGAAAUAUCACGAAGAUGUCAUUAAAGUGCCUGAGUGAUAUGUUUCCCCAACGCGCGGAUGUGAUCACGACGUUACAGGAAUCCCACCUCACGCAGCUGACAAUUUCACCAUCGCCUAGUGGCGGAAGACUACCCACAUGCUGUCCAGCGACUUUAGUCAAGAGACAGAAGGCAGCGUGGGUCAUACAAGUCAUUUAUUGCGGUAGCCACUGGAAAGUUCGGCAGCGCCAGUAACGGGCUGGGGCGGUCCAACAGGCCCCCUCAUUAAGACUACUGGCGCUAUUGGUAGGA